CAUUGAAAAACGGAACAACAACCAUAUCCAUAAUAAAUCAUGGAUUGUAUGGACUGUUACAUUAGGAGUGUUUCUAACGAUGAUGCAAUUCGGAAUACAAAUUGGGUGGAUAUCACCAAAUAUUGCUCGACUUACUCAUAAUAACUCAUUCAUUACGCUGACGCCCACAGAAGCGUCUUGGUUAGUCUCUUGUGCAACGCUUGGAUCAUUGCUAGGAGCGAUUGUAGGAUUGAUUUUCAUGGGAUUAAUUGGUAAUAGAAAAACAAUUUUGCUAAUCCUCGUUUUGAUUAGUAUCUCUUGGCUGUGCUUGAUUAUUGCCGAGUCUGCUAUGUGGAUAUACAUAUCACGGUUUUUGAGCGGGAUUACGAGUGCGAUGACCUUAUCCUGUUUUUCGAUCUUCUUAGCAGAAGUCACAGUACCAAAAAUUCGUGGCACCUUGAUCUCAAUAGCAUCAAGUGGUAAUCCUUUUGGAAUUAUUUUUGGACUGAUUACAGAAACGUAUUUGCCUAUGAAGAUAUCGAGUACGAUUUAUUUAUGUCAGUGCUUGAUAACUAUAGUAUUAUUUUUAUGCCUUUAUGAUUCGCCACAGUACUUUAUAAAGAUGAAUAAAUUUGAAAAAGCUAGUAAGUCCAUUACCUUUUAUGGUAUCGAUUCUAAUAUAGAGCAUGAAUCGUUAGAAUCAAAUGUUUUUAUGCAAAACAAAGAUACGAAGAAUAUAAAAAAUAAUUUUAUGGAAUUCAAACAUCCAGUUGUUAAAAAAACAAUUCUCGUUAUUAUCGUACUUUUUGCACUGCCACAUUUGUGUGGAAUACUUACUAUAAUGUCCUAUAUGGAAAUAAUUCUUAACGUUGGAAAAUUUAAUUUAAUCAAUUCUGACAAAUGCGUUAUUUAUGCUAAUAUUAUCAGUGUUAUAGUAUCAAUAUCAACAUUUACUUUAAAUGAUAAAUUUGGUCGGAGAAUAUUAUUAAUAAUAUCAAGCGUUGGUACAAUCCUUUCACUAUUCGCUUUGGGAAUAUAUUUUUAUUUAUUGCAUAAGGAGUUUGACGUAUCUUAUUUACAAUGGUUAUUAAUCGUUUCUAUUAAUAUACAUUUAAUAUCAUGUUCAAUAGGAUUUACCAAAGUUCCUAGUAUCAUAUUAAGCGAAAUUUUCUCUGACAAAAUUAAAAAUGUAGGUGCCUGUAUAUCAACUUUGUCUGGUUGCUUUUUUGCUUUUUUAACUACAAAAUCUUAUCAACCAUUAGUCGAUACUUUGGGAGAGGAAUACGUUUUUUGGAUUUAUGCUGGAUUAACCAUAAUAGGUACUGUAUGGGUAGUAAUUUUACUACCAGAAACAAAAGGAAAAUCGCUUCAACAAAUACAAAACGAGCUUAUGAAAAGAAAAUCACCUUUAUAA